GCUAUCAAAGCACUCCAGGAUAAAUUGGCAGAAACUCGUGCGUUAGUCGAACCGCGACCCAAGUUUAGCUUCAAAACCAAGAAGAAUACGUCGGCGGUGUCCUUGGCCGACGCAGCGCAGAUGGCUGCGCAAGGACGCCGUGGGAUCCCCGGGUAUCGCUCCCCCGGGACAUCAUCUGUGGAGUCGUCGACGGCCGCGACCCCUAACUACCCCUCGACACCGCUGAAUGAACCCGACCAGCUUCAGCAGCGAAAACCUGAGAUCACCCCAACGUCUGCUCCGAUGCUUUCCGUGGAAAGCGCGUACGACCGACCGAAGCACGGGGGGCCGACCUCGGCCGGCUUUGCGGCGUCGUCCAUUGCCUCCGUGACGGUGCACGACCACCAUCGGCUUCACAUCAUGCUCCCGGCUUCUGGAUCCACAGAUACGGUGCCAGCCUCGAUCACGUCGCUGCGUCAUUGCGUCGUCGACAUGUCCAUCCCGACUGCCAACGGCAAACCCUACGCCAGUUUGACGGUCAAGGGUGUGAAGGAUAGCCUGUUGGUAUGCGGGCAGGUUGAUGGGCCGGCUCAUAUCACGGGGGUGGAAAAGAGCGUUAUUGUGGUGACGUGCCGGCAGUUCCGGAUGCACAAGUGCUCCGACGUGGAUGUGUACUUGAGUUCAUCCAGCAACCCGAUCAUUGAAGACUGCACCAAUGUGCGCUUUGCCCGGAUACCCCGGGUUUAUGCCUUGGACCAUAACCAAGCGGGUGUCGAGGACCGCUGGAACCAAGUGGAAGACUUCAAGUGGAUUAAGCCGGAGCCAAGUCCGAACUGGCGUCUAAUCCCCGACGCCGAUGCGGUGCCGGAGGAAGUGUGGGCGGAGAUAGUGCCGGGCGGCCCAGGCUGGUCCCUGGACGACAUCCUAGGCGCACUUAACCUAAACAAAUAAUUUUGAGAACCCUCUCAGUCGGCUCACUAAUCUCAGACUGGAUCAACACGAGAGGAAGGUUUGGUUUUGCUCCUUUCCGGCGUUGCGGUAGAUUUCAUGCGAAACGCGGUCCUUGCCAUGGAUUGAUUAUGCCUACACUUUUUGGACCGGCCGCUUGCGGCAGACGGGAUUCGUUGGACGGUCAGGCUAUCAACAUGAAAAGAAAAAAAAAGAGGUUGUGAAAAUUGGCUUAUGGAAAUCCAGAUUGCACAGUUGGCGCCAGGGUGAAAGCUCUUUGAUUGUAUUAGUACCAAAUGCAGACAGCAAUGCGCAACGCGAUAGGAUCCGUUCGAGUCACAUUAUCUACCUAGUAGUCUAAUAUAUGAUG